AUGACAAGCGAAGCAGAAGAGUUGAGGCAACGCUUCGCAGGAAGCGCCACUGAGAGCGAGGACACUCUCAGUGCCAAGACACGCUUCGAGGAGCAGAGUUGGGACUCACUGAAGUCGAGUCCCUAUUACGAGAUUCUGCGAGAGCACAGAGACGUGCUCCCGGACGAGAUCCCUGUGGUGCUUCCGCAGGACAAGGGAAUUCAGCACGAGAUUGAUCUCUAUUGCGUGACGCGGCAGUGGCCACUGCCGCGGGAACAAGUGAAGGUAAUCGACGACUUCUUCAAAAGUCGUCGCAAGGCAGGACAAGUGCGGGAAUCGAAAUCCCCGCACAGCGCACCAACGUUCUGUGUCAAGAAGCCACAGGGUGGCUGGCGCAUCGUUCAUGCGUACAACAAGCUGAACGAUGCGACGAUACCGGCGCAGACGCCGAUACCUCGAAAAGAUGUCAUCAUCGAUUCGAUGUCCAAGAGCACCAUCUACAGUGCUCUUGAUCUGAGAGACAGGUUCUAUCAGAUCCUGAUGCGUGAGAAUGAUACCCCUCUCACGGCGGUAAGUACCCCAAGCGGUAUGCUUUGGGAGUGGCUAGUAAUGCCGCAAGAACUGAAGAACGCCCCUGCGACUUUCAAUAGAUGCGUCACGCAUCUACUGCGCUCGGUGCGUGACUUCGCACCGAGCUACUUCGACGAUGUCUACGUUCACAGCCGGGCUGUGAACGAGAAGACGGACAAUGGCGUACGCCCUGACCCCGAGAAGGUCAGAGUGAUCAAUGAAUGGCCUACGCCAUCCAAUGUGAAGGAACUGCGGCAGUUCCUUGGCCUUGCCACGUACUUGGGCAAGUACGUGGACAACUACUCAGGCAAGAUUCGCCCGCUUUCGCAGCUCCUGAAGAAGGAAUGUGCGUGGAUAUGGACUGCUGAGUGUCAGCAGGCGUUCGAUGCAGUCAAGCUGGGCUUGGCUGAAGCGCCGAUCUUGGUAGUGGCCGACCAAGAUCGUCCCUUUCACGUAGUGUGUGACGCAUCCGAUUUCGCGAUCGGGUGUGCGUUAAUGCAACUCGAUCACGAGGGCCGUGAUCGAGCCACCUACUACCAGUCGCGUUAG